AUGGUGCUAGUAAUAUCAUGCCAGAGUGGCGCGGUUGUACCAACCUACUAUUUGGGCUGGAGCGAGCUCAUGACUGUCGAAGGACGACUUUAUGAAUACUGCGCCAUCGAUACCCUCGGCUGUACAAUCCUCGGUGCAAUCAGGGCGAACUGUGCUGUCCGUUCCCUCAUGCUCGAGCUCCACCACUACGGCUUUGAUAUCCUGGAAGAUGCACUCGAGGAUCUUCUCAGCUCUACCAGACCUGCUCUGGAGCUGAUCAUCAACUGCACCCGCAGACGCUAUAAAAGACUCCACUCUCCUCACACAAUCAUCUACGAUCAAGCUACCAAAUCAAUCAAGUUGCGCGGUAUGGAUACCUAUGAGCUCUCGACCGCUAAGCCCACCUCUACCAUCAAGAAGACCUUGACAUACCUCUUCGCACAGGGUACCACUCAUCUCGAACUCGAGGACUGUCAUCUCUGCUCUGCAGAUCGCUUCAUCGUUCUUCUCUCCCUGACCGCCGGUCUAGAAAGCGUGCACAUGCAUGACUUUGAACCCUGUCGUUCAGGAGGAGACACGGCUAGAGAGCACUGGUCCGGUAUUCUCGGACAUCUGGCUGGAGUAAAGAGCUUGAAGCACUUUGUCAUUGAGAACCUGCAUUCUCCUCACGAUUGGGCUCUGUUUCAUCUUUCAACCUACACUGAUAAGCAUGAGGUUAGUGGCGAUGAGGUGAUCGAUCACUUGAGAACUCUGGCUGCUACUGUGGCUAAAGUCCCUGUCGCACAUCCGGAGGAGGAUCUGAUCUCCUCGUGA